CAGACCGGCGCUCUCCCGGCAGCUCCCCUGGACCGCCGCCUCCCGUCGGUCGCCCGCCUCGCGGGGAAGGAGGGGGUCCCGAGGGUGGCUCGAGCACGGGCCACGGCAGCCUCCGCGCGGUUUCAAACCCUGACCUUGCCCGGGGCCGGCGCCGGCUCCGGCUCCAGCCUCCCCACUCCUCCCGGUCCUCCCGCGCCGGCGGCGCCCGCCCCGGCCUCCCGGGCGGGCGAGGGGGGCGCGGGCCCCGGCCCCGCGUGACGUGGGCGCCGCGCGGGAGGGGUGCCCGGGGGCUCGGGCCGCCUUAUUAGCGCCCUGCGGGUCGCCGGCCGAGAGCAGACGGCCGCUCUGCGAGCCACGGGAGCCGGCGAGCGGCCCCCUCCUCGCACCGCCUCCGCCUCCUCCCCUCCGCUCCUCCCGCCCCACCUCUGCGCGAGCGGCGGAGUCGCCCUCUCCCUGCCUCUUUCUCCCGCUCCCGCUCGCUCGUCUCUCUCGCUGAUACUUCCCCCUGCUGUGCUCCACGGAACCCAAGCAUUCUCAGCGCUAACCUUAGGGACCAAUGGUGCUCGAAAAGCCUAGAAAAAGCCGCUUUGGGCAGAGAUAGUUGGAAGCCCCUCGUCCCUUCCCCCUCUCCCGGCGCAGCUCGUGCCCGGCGCAGCACCUUCUCGCUCCUGCACGCUCUGUUUGGGAGGACGGGGUGAGAAGGUGAAGUGGAAAGAACUGCAGAGCAGAGGGGGCCCGUCUCAGAGCUCAGAUUUCAUUUUCAUUGAAGCAAAGCACAGAAGAGCAGUUUUUUUUUAUUCUGCAUUUUUUCCUUUUUAAUUUUUUUUUUUUUAAGAAACUUAUUUUGGGGGGGUUUGCUCUGGGCAUUUGCCUUGCCCAGUAGUUGAAAAGUGAACUCGACUCGUGAUGGUUCUCCUGUCACUUUGGUUGAUAGCAGCCGCUCUGGUAGAGGUUAGGACUUCAGCUGAUGGACAAGCUGGUAAUGAAGAAAUGGUGCACAUAGAUUUACCAAUAAAGAGACAUAGAGAGUAUGAGCUGGUGACUCCAGUCAGCACAAAUUUUGAAGGACAUUAUCUCUCCCAUAUUCUUUCUGCAAAUCACAAAAAGAGGUCAACGAGGGACGUGUCUUCCAACUCUGAGCAAUUGUUCUUUAACAUCACAGCCUUUGGAAGAGAUUUUCAUCUGCGACUAAAGCCCAACACUCAGCUAGUAGCUCCUGGGGCAGUUGUGGAAUGGCAGGAGACAUCUCUGGUGCCUGGGAAUAUAACCAACCCUGUUAAUGCUCAUCAACCAGGAGUUGCUUCAGAAAGAAUCUGGAAAACAGAGCCUUUGCAGACUAACUGUGCUUAUGUUGGUGACAUCAUGGACAUUCCAGGAACCUCUGUUGCCAUUAGCAACUGUGAUGGUCUGGCUGGAAUGAUAAAAAGUGAUAAUGAUGAGUAUUUCAUUGAACCUUUGGAAAGAGGUAAGCAGAUGGAGGAAGAAAAAGGAAGGAUUCAUGUUGUCUACAAGAGAUCAGCAAUAGAACGGGCUCCCAUAGACAUGUCCAAAGACUUCCACUACAGAGAUCCAUAUGGAAUGUUAGUUAGGGCCCAGGUGCAGAAAAGAGUUAACAUAACAAUGCUGAGACUGUUAUCCUCAGAAGGGCCUGCCUGCAAGGUUGGCCCUCAGUUGGGCUCUGAGAACAUGGAUUUCAGGAGGUUCCCACCAUGA